CUUUGUUUACAGUUUUAGUAAGUUUGGAAAAGUUCAAAGUCAUAAAUUUUUAAUUAUGGGAGAUAGAAGUAUGAUUUUAACAUUAUUUUUGUGACAAAGAGAAGUAAUAUAGACUUUGUCUAUGAUUCUGCAAUGUAUAUAAAAUAGAUAAGUAGAAGAGAUAAGAUAGGAUAUAACAAUCAUAUUAAAGAAAGCCAGUACUGAUUGUCAAAGCUAUUCUGCAAAUAGUGUACAAAGUGAAGACAUUGGCAAAGGAACAUUUAUCAUGGAUACGACAAAAGCUUGCUAUCUUCAGAGUUCCACAAUUCGGGAAAAAAGCAAGAAUACGAAUAAAGAAAAAUCUUUUGUAGAAUUGUACAGAGCUCAUGAUUCAGAAAAGUCCAGAAAAGAAGCUCAAGAAGAAAUUAUACGAAUAAUGAGAGAUUAUGGAUAUAAUGUUGUAAAACCUGAAAAAUUUGCACAAAAAUAUAAUCUCUCGGCGCCUUACCACUUAUUCUUCACUACAGUCGAAGAAUCAAAGGAGACUCACAAUCAACCAUUCUCUGUAACAUUUCCUGAGAUUCUCGAUAAAAGUCUUGGGGAGAUAGUCAAUAGCCUUCACCUGACUUUCAUAGUAGACGUCGAAUGGCUGUGUUUACAAUAUGCGUUGGCUGGUCAACGUACUGACAUGACCAUUCUAUACCACAAUAGGAGAGAUGACACAGAUUUAAGCGACAACAUUAGCAUUAUGCCGGUGUAUGAAGCGGAGCUGGUGUUUAAUUCCGAAACCCACCAUACUAAGAUCAUGAUUUUGCAGUACAAAGACGACGGGAUCAGGGUGGUCGUCUCCACCGCUAAUUUAUAUUCUAACGACUGGGAGAAUAGGACACAAGGAUUGUGGAUUUCGCCUCAUUUACCUCGACUGCCGGAAUUGGCGAGUUCCAGUGACGGUGAGUCACCAACGAAUUUCAAACAGGACUUCAAGCGAUAUCUGAGCAGAUACUGGAAUCCUGCUUUAAAGCAAUGGAUGGAUGUAGUGAGUAAGGCGGACUUCUCUGCCGUAAACGUGUGUUUCGUUGCAUCCGUUCCUGGGAAUUAUACACAUUUCAAUGCAGAUUAUUGGGGACACCGAAAAUUAGCACGGGUCCUGUUUCAACAUACGACACUACCGCCAGAUGCGCCACAGUGGUCUAUAAUCGCUCAGAGUUCCAGCAUUGGCAACCUCGGUCCGAACUACGAGAGCUGGUUAUCGAAGGAGAUAGUUUUGUCUAUGUCACAGGAAACCAUGCAGAUGACAAAUAGAUAUCCGAAAUUUCAGUAUAUUUAUCCGUCGGUGGAGAAUUAUGAGCGGAGCUUUGAUUUUCGAAAUUCAAUCUCGUGCUUUUAUUAUACCGCGGAAAGACAUUCCAAACAGCAAUGGAUAGAACCGUUCUUACAUCAAUGGAAGGCGACCAGAACAGGACGAGACCGAGCGAUGCCUCAUAUUAAGUCCUACAUGAGGAUUUCGCCAGACUUGAAAAGAAUAUCUUGGUUCAUGCUGACCAGCGCGAAUCUCAGCAAAAGCGCAUGGGGAGUCAAGCGAAGCACCUAUUCUAUAACAAAUUAUGAGGCCGGUGUUGUGUUUCUACCAAAGUUCAUUACUGGGGCAACAACAUUUCCAAUCACAUACGAGGAAGAUUCAGUUGAGCCAAUAUUUCCGAUUCCAUAUGAUCUUCCAUUGUGCCCAUAUGACUCGAGCGAUAGUCCUCUAUUUAUACGACCUCGUUUUCGCGAGUAAGAAGUGAUUUUUCAGCUGACGCUACCAGUGUCUUUUCUUACAAACGAUGAAGUAUUUUUGUAUGAUGAAUAAGAAUUAGUGGAUUCAUAAAAAAUUAGUAA